AUGAGGUUCAGUUACAGCUACAGCGGGAGCACAUCCUCCUCGCCCUCCCCAUCAUCACUGCCACCACCACCUCCACCACCAACACCCAACGAUGGUCUACUCGACAUUACACCUCGCAAAUCUUCCUUCUCCAGUGCCAUGGGAAUGAGCUCAGCUUGUGCCUUUCCCUCCUGGCCUAAUAGACCAUCUCUCCUCGAGUCUGAAGAAUCAACCGCCAGCUCCUACCUCUCCGACGAAGACCUCUUCCCCACAGAUCUGCCCAUCACACCUCCUUCUGAGAGCGCGAUAGAUGAAGAAUCAGCUGCCUCAGACCCCGUCUACCUGCCCUCUGGAGCAGGAGACCUUACCACCGAAGAGCAGAUCCAAAUGAUGCGAGCAGCAGCCGAAGAGGAUGAGCGAAGAGCACGAUUCCUGGCACAUGUACACGCACACGCGCGCGCUCAACAAGCGUUCAAAGUCGCGCAGUUGGCUGCAGCUGAGCGCGAAAACGCCAAACGCAGCAAAAAGAAGCGUCCUGUCGCGAGCAAGAAGCAUCGAUCGUCUUCGUCAUCGGCCAAGGCCAGCCGCAUGUGA